CCGCGGCACCGCAGCUUUACUCUCCGCCUCUGUUUAGGGACUUCAGCAGCGCUCCAGGUGUAUACAUCCGCCGAGAUUCGGAGCCGCGGCACCGCAGCUUUACUCUCCGCCUCUGUUUAGGGACUUCUUCGGCGCUCCAGGUGUAGGGACUUCAGCGGCGCUUUACUAUGUAGGUAGUAUAGAGCCAUUUGAGGCUCAGCCACGAGUCAGUUUUCUUACGUCACGCACUCCAACUAGCCUUUAAAAGCUGUCGCCGGGUGUGAGAGUGCGGAGCAGCGCCUCUGCAGUUGGUUGGACUUCUUCUAUUUGCCUCUAGGUGCUCGCACGUUACUUGAGCUGGACGAACCAUGUCGGUCACUAAGUGUCUGUGGACGGCCUCUCUGGGGCUGUUUCUAGGACUCCUCUAUGGGCCCGUGUUCAGUUCUGCCUCAUUCCCAAUCACGCGGGCGAAGCCCAAUGACCCCGCUGACCUCUACUGCAACAUCUCAUGCCCAGGUGUGACCCAGUGGCGGAGGAAUGAUGAGGAGGUGGCUGAGUGUGGUCCUGGUGCUAAAACGGGUUUCAAGUUCACCUGCACAGUAAAUAAAGGACAAAGCAUACUGACCAUUCCUCAGGUCAACCACUCUACCCGAGGCUUCUACUUGACCUACUGCGAUGGGGAAGAGAUGUUUGAUAGUCAACAGCUCCUCCAUCUUCUUCCUCUCGAGUCUGAUCUUGAGCUGGAUGCUGGAGAACGCCUUGAACUGGAUCUGCAGAUUUCCCAGCCAGUGAUCAUAAUGGUCACAAGGCCUGAUACCCCCUCCACAGUCCAGCUGUGCAGUGUGGAUGGACGUCAGUAUCAGUGUCUUCCUGAGUAUCAGCCCAGAGUCCUCAUCAUUAGAAACACCUUCAUUCUGAUGGAAAUGAUGCCUUCAGACAGCGGGAACUACACCGUACAGGAGAAGGACAACACACGGGUCAGCAUUUCACAUGUGACCGUCAAAGGAGAGAAGAGCUCCAGUAUCCAAAUUCCUACCCCAGAUACAGAGAACCGCGACUACAAACACAUCUUCAUCAGCUCAGUGAACGCUGUGCAGGACAGCUGGGUAUGGAAGAGUGCCUGGAAGAGUGCCUACGAGAAGGGAAACAGUGACGGAUAUCAGAAGGGAAACAGUGACGGAUAUCAGAUGGGAGUGGGGAUCGGAGCACUGGCUGUAGGAAGUGCAGCUCUGGUCAUCUUGAUUGUAGUGUUCGUUCUUGGUGUGUUUGCUGCGCCGCGGGUGCGUCCUCCGAUGGACAGCUGUGUCCAGAUGCUCAGAAGUAAAGAUUCCUCAUACAGGAAUCAAUCUGAGGAUGAAGAAAGGGGGCCUUCCCUGGCAUCAAACGGUGACAUCCAGAGUUAAGAAGAAGAAGCAGCCACUGCCUUGGACAAGUUUUCUGUUUUAUAUUUAUAUAUAUGUUUUUGGUGCUCUGAAAAGCAAAAAAAACGACAAGAUUGCAGCUGACCCCUCUCAUCCUGGACAUUGGCUCCUCCAGACACGCCCCUCUGGUAGAAGAUUCAGGACUAUCAAAGCCAACACAGCCGGACAUGCUAACAGCUUUUCCCCCCUAAACUCUCAUUAACCACAGUGGACACUCACAGUUUAACCUUAACCUUGAAAACCCCUCGUACUGUGGCACAUUAAUCCUUUCUCCUCUAAUUAUUCAACUUUUCUAUGCCAUAAUGCAUCUUUCCACAGAAGUAAUGCCCAUAAUGUUAAGU